AUGAAACUAGCUAACCAGUUUUCAAUUGAAGGUCUUCUUUCACCAAGUUAUAGGCUUGAAGGUUGUAGUUUUUAUUCAAAAAUAGCUAUUACUAGUGGGGCACCUGCACUUAUGCUCGCGAUCGACUACGGGAACAAGCUGACAAAUGUGAUAGCCAAUGGUCCAUCAAUAAUACAAAGACUUAUACCUCAUCAAUAUCUAAAGACAAUUGCUCAUGAUUCCGCUCUCACUAUGCCUACGCCAAAAGAGCUCCCAAGUGAGCCUCCAAAGUAG